AUGAGCGCCCAUUUAGAGGUGCCCCGAGGGGAGUCGUGGGCUUCAAUUCCAACGGAUUUGAUUCUCGCCGAGUUGAAGCGUCGCAAAGAUGAGGGCGAGAAACCAGAAUGCGGUUCGAGAACAAAGGGUUCUUAUGAUACGUCGGCGCAUGUAUUUGCAUUGAUUCUUAUCUUGACCCUCAGCACGUUAGCAUGCGCAUUUCCUCUCCUAUCGCGACGAACGAUGCGCGGCCGAGGACAAAAGACCGUGAUAUUCUACUGCCAGCACAUUGGAACCGGUGUCCUUCUGGCAACGGCCUUCGUCCACCUCCUCCCGACCGCUUUCGAGUCCAUGACCGAUCCAUGCCUCCCCGAUUUCUUUAGCAAAGGAUAUACACCGUUUCCAGGUUUUGUGGCUAUGGUUUCUGCUAUCAUUGUCGUCGGAAUCGAAUCGUACCUUACAGCCCGAGGAGCUGGUCACUCUCAUUCCCACAAUCAUGGGUACUUUGACUCGGACGACGAACACGAGAGCGAGCUGCCCAUGAUGGAUGCAGCUGGACUAUCUGAAAGGAGGCACGGACCGCGACCACCGGAUAUUCAUCUUGAGAACAUGGAGAGUCAGGGGUUGGUUGCUGGCGUGUCGCCGCUCCCUGGAUCUUCACCUUUAGUGGGACAGGAGGGCAAGAAGCUUCACGAUGAUUUCAACGAUGACGACUCGGAUCUUGACUUGGACAUGGCAGAGCUUGAACCAGCCGGAUCAAGCAGCACGAGACAUCGACAUGGACCUUAUGCGUCUCUCAAGCCUGAGGGAGUUGGCGCUGAAGAGGAACCUAUGACACCCAUGACCCCAAUGUCUCCCGGACCACAGAACCCCGAAGAGCAACAAAGGAAGCUACUGCAGUGCCUUUUGCUUGAGGCUGGUAUUCUCUUUCACAGCGUCUUCAUCGGUAUGGCCAUCUCCGUCGCCACCGGUCCCGCCUUUGUAGUCUUCCUUGUCGCCAUUAGCUUUCACCAAACCUUCGAAGGCCUUGCUCUAGGCAGCCGUAUCGCCGCAAUUCAGUUCCCACGCAAAUCACUCCGCCCAUGGCUCAUGGUUCUCGCCUACGGAACCACAACACCAAUCGGCCAGGCAAUCGGUCUUAUCGUGCAUCGCAUGUACGACCCCAAGAGUGCGGGAGGUCUGCUCGUGGUUGGCUUCAUGAACGCCGUGUCAUCGGGACUGCUGUUGUAUGCGGGUCUUGUGCAACUAUUGGCGGAGGACUUUUUGACGGAGAAGAGCUACAAGAUUCUGAAGGGCAAGAGGAGACUACAAGCUUUUAUGGCUGUUUGUGCUGCUCAGGCUCUUUUUGCUGGGCUUGCUAUACUUCUCGCUAAUUCGCCGUAUCGUAAUAUGUCUGUCUCACCAACUGGUAGCCAGCCAUGGGCUGAUGGACCUAUGAAGCUGGUGACAACACCACAGUAUGAGACUAAGAAGACCGAUCUUUUCACCACAGGCGCCACUCACAUGGCGCUUUUGCAUAAUGCCAUCAUUCGUGGCUUCAAUUCCAUCUACCUCCAAGCUCCUCAUGUAAAGGACGCCGACAAAGCCGACUUCAUUGGUUAUUCUCAGACUUGGUUCAAAUUUGUCAAGUCGCACCACGAUGAUGAGGAGGACAACCUCUUCCCCAAGGUUCAAGAACUUCUCGGUGACGAGCCAGUUUGGGACGAGACCCAUCAUGAGCACGAGUCCUUUCUUGCGCCGCUUGCCGAGUUCAACACAUACCUCUCUAACCUCGCCUCACCCACUGAUCUCGACGGCGCUCAAGUCAUCAAACUCAUGGACGCCUUCAAGGAGCCCUUCGAGCAUCACUUCCACAGCGAGAUUUCCACUAUCGCCGCUCUGUCAGAACACCCCAAGGCUCCCAAGGAAGACACCCCCGAGGGCGCUGCCGCCGGCCUGACCUUCAAGACAUGGGGCAAGAAGACAGUCACAAAGGCCGGCGUGCUCGAUGUCGUGCCUUUCUUCCUCCUGAACUUGGAUCGAACUGCUGAGGAGGGUAUGUGGGCUAACUGGCCUCCGAUGCCUGCGCCUAUCUCUUGGGGUCUGACGAAUAUCGCGGGUUCGUGGUACGGCAAGUGGUGGAAGUUUUCGAGCUGUGAUUCGCAGGGCAAGCCUCAGGAGCUAUAUGCUCUUCGGGAUCUGAAGCAGUGA